GUGACGUCAGCACAAAUAGGAAGAUGACAGGAUGAAGGCCGACGGGCUGUUGUCGUUUGGGACAGUUUAGUCAAAGACAGGUCAAUGUUGAUCGCGAUUGAAUGGCAGCAUCGGACAGUCGGUGGCCUUGUCGGGAUGGCGAGGGGAACAGAUCUAUUCCAAGUGUGAGGGAGACCGGAGUACAGACGGAUGCUAAAGUACAAGGUCAGGAACCUCGACUGUCCAAAGCCAACCUCUUCACAUUAUUGAGUCUAUGGAUGGAACUUUUCCCCAAGAAAGAAGCACGUCAGCGAGAAAAUGAUUCUGCUGGAGACAGUGGUCUUGUGGUGGUCCAUGAGCGCAGGGUCCUGGGUCUGCAUUGCUCCAGUGUGCAGUUGCAUGCAGGACAGGUGGCUGUGGUCAAACACGGACCCCGACUGAAGGGAUGUGAUCUCUACUUCUCCAGAAAACCCUGUUCAACCUGCCUCAAGAUGCUCAUCAAUGCUGGUGUGAACAGGAUAUCUUACUGGCCCGGUGAUGCUGAGAUGGGCUUGCUGUCAGGUAGACGUGAUCCCGCAGACUCCAGUCACCAGGAAGCCAUCCUCGACGCCACAGCGGCAGAGCGACUCAAGUCCAACAGCAGGCCGCACAUCUGUGUGCUCCUGCAACCUCUGGACAGCACCAUGCUGCAGUUCGUGGACCACACUUCCCAAAACUGCGACUUCCUUGGGAAGAUUGCGGCGGACAAUCCAGCGCUGGAUGUUGCGGAUGUCUUUAGAAAGGAAUGGUGGAAGAACUCAGACGAUUUCUUGGAAAAGUUCUUUAUAAAUGACGAAGAACAGCAUAUGUAUGUGCUGAACAAGAUGGGACUGGAGAACUUUUGUGUGGAACCAAAUUUUAGCAACUUAAGGCAGCAUAUGAGGAAUCUCAUUCGGAUUCUCGCGUCUGUGGCCGCUAGUGUUCCGGUUCUACAAGACGAUUAUGGGUUCUUCAUGAGAGAGCCUUUAGGGACAGGUUCUCCAGCUUUACCUCAGGAUGUGAUACGGCACUGUGUCAUACAAGCCCGGUUAUUGGCGUGUAGAACAGAGGAUCCUAAAGUGGGAGUUGGUGCAGUGAUCUGGGCAGAGGGAAAACAGUCACAAUGCGAUGGCACGGGUCGGCUUUACCUAGUGGGCUGUGGAUACAACGCAUAUCCAGUGGGCUCACAGUACGCAGAGUACCCUCAGAUGGAUCACAAGCAGAAAGAGAGACAGAACAGGAAGUACCGGUACAUCCUCCAUGCGGAGCAGAACGCGCUCACAUUCAGGAGUGCAGAGAUAAAGGAAGAGGAGAACACAAUGAUGUUUGUGACCAAAUGCCCGUGUGACGAGUGUGUUCCUCUGAUUGGCUGUGCUGGAAUAAAGCAGAUCUACACUACAGACCUGGACAGCAACAAAGUCAAACACGACAUCUCCUACCUCAGGUUCGACAAACUCAACGGCGUCCAGAAGUUCAUUUGGCAACAGAAAUCUGCUAGACAUACUUCAGAACAAGCUGCUCUGCCUACAGCAAAUGGCUGCAUGAAACGAAGAGAAAAGGAACCCCAUUUUCAGUGCAAUAAGAGACUGCGAUCAUAGAAAACAUUUCGAAAGCUGCUCUCUUGUCUGUAUGGCAUCAACAGAUGAUGUUAAAGGAAUAGUUCACUUAAAAAUGAAGAUUCGGUCAUUUACUCAACCUCAAGUAUGAAACCUGUAUGAGUUUCUUUCUUCUGCUGAACACAAAAGAUGAUGUUUUGAAGAAUGUCAGUUGAUGGACCCCGUUGACUUUCAGUAGGGGAAAAAAUACAAUGGAAGUCAAUGGGGUCCAUCAACUGUUUGUUACCGAAGUGAACUAUUCCUUAAAAACGUCAUUAAUACAUCACAAACUGUUUCAGUUCCUGGUGAUAAUGAACAUUUACCCUGCCACACUCAUGCUGAAUGAUACUAGUAUUAUCUUAUAAUUACAAUACAGCUGGUUUUAUUAGUUUAAUAAGAAAGACUGUUAAAGAAAAAUCGAAUUAUAUGCAUUUUAGAAACUGGGUUGUAUGGUUUUUAAAAUCCCACGCAACACUAUGGUUUAUACAUUUGUUAAAUUGAAAGGACAAGAAUAACUGUGAAUAAAUACAUCAAAUGUAUUUAUUAAAAUCAAGAUUUGUUCUUAAUUUACUGUACCCCAUGAGCUUUGUUCUUUUAAAAAGGAGUCAGUGAGACUGCCAGUGCUUCAUUUGUUCUUUAUUGAUAUGGUACUAUUCAGAUGGAAACUGCAAAUGUAUGUGUAGUAGGAAAAAAUAAUUCCAAUUUUAAUCUGUCCAUGUAAAUUCUGACAAAUAUAUUCAAUAAAUUUGGCUCAGAUGGAUAUUUCAAAUUUGAAACCUGUUGCCUAGAGUCCAAAUGAAUUUGCUUCACACUUUUGAGUGAUGGUCCAAACCACCUAAACAUAUUUUAUUCAUCACAUAAAACUAAAUAUUGUCAAAAAAAAAAAUACUGAAAUCAACCAAUUUUAGAGGAAAAAAAGAAAUUUAAUGAAUUUUCUUCAACAGCAUAACUCAAAUAUAGUGAGUUAAAGAGGUUCAUUGCUUAAUCAAGCUAAAUAUGCUCAACGAGAACAUAUUAACAACAAAAAGAAAUUAAGCUCCCCCUUCCAAAA